AUGUCAGAUACAUGUAUCCGAAAUUGCAAUGGGGUUUUUUGGAUGAGACACAGAGAGCAGGAGGCUAGGGAGUUAUGGAAUUUGGGUAAAUCAUUCGGUUUGAGAUAUGAAGGAGGUGAUGAAGAAAUUGUUAGACAGUUGGUAGAGAUGGAGGUCAGAGAUGAACAAGGGGUUAGAAGAGGAAAUGGUCAGAUUGGAGGGGGGAAUGAGGAGUGCGAAUAUUUGUAUUCUCCUGCUAUAAAUAGAGGUGGCGGCAUACUGUGUAUUUGGAGGAAAGGGAACUUUGUGGUGGAGGAAAGCAACUGCAAUCCUAGAUGGAUUUUUUUAAAAGGAAAGUGGGGUGGAAGUGGGGAAACUUAUGCAUUUAUAAAUGUCUAUGCUCCGUGUAGUUCAGAGGAGAAGCGUCAGUUAUGGGGAGAACUUGUGAACUGCAGAAGGCGAUCUGCGGCUGAUUGUUGGUGUGUUCUUGGAGAUUUCAAUUUUGUUAGAGAUCCGAACGAAAGGAAAGGGAUUACAAAUGAUACAUCUGAUUCGCGAAGAGAUACUGAAUUUUUUAAUGACUUUAUCCACUCUAUGGGGCUUGUUGAUGUGCCAAUGACUAGAAGAAGGUUUACUUGGUUUAGGCCUAAUGGCUCGGCGAUGAGCCGUCUUGAUAGAUGUUUGAUCUCGCUUGAAUGGCUUGCUCUGUGGCCAUAUAGUGUCCAACAUAUUUUGGAUCGUGACAUCUCUGAUCACUGUCCAGUUGUAUUGAAGCACCUGAACCAGGAAUGGGGCCCUAAACCAUUCCGUGUACUUAACUGUUGGCAUUCAGAUAUCAGAUUCCCAAAUCAGGCUCUCUCUGUUGAGGAGAUUAAUGAAAGAAAGGAUUUGAUGGGUGAGUUUUGGAGGGUGACAAAUCUUCAGGAAUCUCUCUUGAGGCAGAAAUCUAGGGUGCAAUGGCUUAAAGACGGUGAUGCAAAUUCUGGUUUCUUCCACAGAAUGGUGAACUGGAGAAGACGAUCUAAUGCUAUCAAUGGCCUUGUUCUUGAUGAUGUGUGGCAAGAAGAUCCUACUGCUGUUGACAAUGUUUUACUGACAUCUGAAUUUGACUUGGCGGAAAUCAAAGCUGCUGUAUGGGAUUGUGAUGGCAAUAAAAGUCCUGGGCCAGAUGGAUACAAUUUCAAAUUUAUUAAAGAAUUUUGGGACCUUUUACAGUUUGAUGUGAAGAGAUUGGUUGAUGAUUUUUCUGUCAAUGGGAGAUGGCCUCGAGGUACAAAUUCUUCUUUUAUUACUCUUAUCCCCAAGGUUGAUUCCCCACAGAAUUUAAAUGAGUUCAGACCUAUUUCUUUGGUGGGUUGUCUGUACAAAAUCAUUACAAAAUUGCUGGCCGCCAGAUUAAAGCUUGUGCUCCAUAAGGUGAUUGCAGAGAAUCAGUCUGCUUUUCUUGGGGGAAGAAACAUGUUUGACAGUGUGGUCAUUGCAAAUGAAGUGCUCCACGAGGCUAAAUGCUGUAAAAUCCUCUCCUUGAUUUUAAAAGUGGAUUUUGAGAAGGCGUGUGAUUCAGUUAGAUAG